AUGGCCAGAAUCAAAACGGGUGUCUUCUCCUGGGAGGAUGUGCUGGCACAGCGGUAUCAGAAUAAUAAACCCACCGGUAUCCCUCGACCCCGAAAGCCCAGUGCCGUCAAUCGCUCUCAAACAUCCCAGAAACCACCUCAAUCCCACCAGCAGCAGCAGCAGCAACACCAACGCCCCGACAACCGACUCGUCUGGACCAGCCAACCCAACUGCGCGCUCCUGAGCAAACUAUCCGCCGAGCUACGUCUCAUGAUCUGGGAGAUGGUCCUCGGCGGAAUGCGCAUCCAUAUCGUGCAGCGACCGAAUCGCCGAAUGGGCCAUGUCGUGUGUCCGCGCACCAAGGCCUGCGAGAUCUGUCGCGGCGGUUUGCCCUCGCGAGAAGGAGACGCGAGGUUGUUGGCGUUGGUGGUGGCUUGUAAGCAGAUAUCUACCGAAUCACUCCCCCUCCUCUACACCCACAACGUCUUCGAAUUCAGCAACACCUGGUCCCUAACCUACCUCCACCCUACGAUCCCCCUGGGGCUAUGGAACUGCAUCCGCGCCGUCGAGCUCCGCUGGGCCUUCCCGGGCCACUGGCUGCCCUCCAAGGACCCCGUGAAAUCAGUCUACUUCUCCGCCGGCCGCCAGCAGUGGGUCGAGACGUGUCAGGCGCUGACGCGCAUGUCGGGAUUACAGCGCUUCACGCUGCAGUUGAGCGGGAGCUGGUUCUGUGAGCCGGUGGAGAAGAUCCCGGUUUUCUUGGAGCCGUUACGGGAGUUAAGGGUUAAGGGGGGUUGGCGGUUGAAGUUGCCCGGGCAGCCGUAUUAUGUGAAGGAGGUGGGGAAGGUGGAUGGGGAUUUGAGGAAGAGGGGGAUUGUUUGUUUGUACCUCCUCCUCCUCAAACGUCCUCCGCAGAUCUGCGCCGGUCUGAGCGGCAUGUCCCCAGGGUUGGUAAUGUAUCGGCUCGGUCACCGUCGCAAGCAGGCGAGAGGGAGGAAGAGUCUUGAUGUCGUUGAUCUCAAGGACAAGGGUGAAGGGUACCCUAAGAAAUCGUCCAAUAAAGACCGCUUAUAUGUUGCCCUCUACGCGCGCGGAGGAGCCCCUACCAUGCCCGGGGAGGAAGACACUUACCACUGGGCGUUGAUUGUUGGCCCGAAGAUCGAGACACAAGGCAAAAUGGGUGUCCAGUACCACGCGAAGGAAAGACCGAAAGUGGGAGGGGGUAGCGAAUGGCAUUUUGAGGAGCGUGAAUCCCCACUCACCGCUACAAGCAUGUUGCUUGUUCGGGUCAUGAUUAGCAAGGUGGAGGAUGGAAACUGUCUUGUACAAAUCCUGCGUGCAACACCCGUCAGGCAAAACCAAGUGGGAUGGAACUGCGUGUCUUGGGUACGGGAAGCUUUGGAGAAGGUCAAAGCAGAUGGUAAAGCUUUGGGCACGAGUGUUAUCGACUGGUUCCCAGUCGAUAACGAGUCAAUGAGUUACUGUCAAAGGAAGAAGGACCAGCAUCGCUUUGAUGGGCAAGGGAAUUUUGAUAUGACCAAAGCCCCGACAUAUGACUUGGUCGAGCACAAGGAGAUCAUAAUAUGA